AUGAAUUGCAAUGCCAAGUAUUUGAUGUUCUUAAUAAUCUGCGUGAUAUUGUCGGAGUACGAAGCUAACGAUAAGUCGAUUCUCUCGAGGAAACGACGUUACAUCGUUUUUCCCGAAGGUUCUACAUUUUCCAUCGCUCUCUGCUUGACGGUGCAUACCCUGACCCCGGACGACAACAUUUUCACGGAGGGUCUAAACUGGGGUAUCUCCUAUGACCUGCCUAACGAGAGUAAACCCGCCCUGGAGCCGUUCUUAGAGCUGAGGAACGAUAAACUUAAAUCCGGCAACAAACACGACCGUUACAGCUCGACUGCAGUCGCUAAUAAGAACGGCCCUCUGAAAUAUUCAGGAUGGAAUAACGAUGUCAGGACUCACUUUGCGCCCGGCGGAAAGAAGUACCGCAAGUCGGAGUAUUAUUACUUGCAGAGGAGGCAUCGACGGGACCUUUACAACAAAUUGGAGGUCAUCAUGAAUGCGAUGGGCUUUGAUGGCAAGUCAUGUAUUCUACGCGCACUUUGCGAAGCAUCUCAGCGAUUAAUGCCAAAAGGGAACACCUUGAUAGAAGAAAUGAUGCGAAUAUCAUUCUCGCUACCCUUAAAGAGGGUGUUCUCCUUCGAACCCGACGAGCAUCGCACGUACACUCGGGCACAUAAAGCCGGCCACGAGGGCAAGGACUGCGCCGCCAUGUUUCCUGGAUGCAGUUUCUCCCUCAUCGACUUGGCCCUCGGGAAAUAUAACGCGGCCUUCUCGUCCGACCCGAGUCCCGCAGCCGGAACUUUCGGCACGGAGGACGAGUCUGUCGCGGAUUGGUCCAGAUACAGCAUGAAGUAA